CAUAUACACCGGCUCCUAGAGGGCAGAGGGGCCAUAUAACGCGGUGCCUCGGCCCAGAGCAGGCGGUGCAGAAGUCUGCUGGGGCCCUGGUACCUUGGAUUCUCCUGCUGCUUCCAGUCACCGAGGGAGGAUCGGCUGCAUGAAGGCUCGGUAGCCCCUGGGGAAAAGCAGCCUCCUGUUCUCUCCUCCGCGCACAGAGCCCUGCAUGUCUCACAGUUAGACAUGGGCAGCUCUGGGCACUCAAGGACUUUAGUGCUGCUCGCAGCCAUCCAGCUCCUUGCAUUAGCCGUGGUCAGGUGUCAGGAGGACGAUAUCCAGGAGGCAGGCAGCUGUGUGCAGGAUGGGCAGAGGUAUAGUGAUAAGGAUGUGUGGAAACCCGAGCCCUGCCGGAUCUGUGUCUGUGACACAGGGAAUAUCCUCUGCGACGAGAUAAUCUGCGAAGACAUGAAAGACUGUCCCAGCCCCGAGAUCCCCUUCGGAGAAUGCUGCCCUGUCUGCCCAACUGACCAGCCUGCUGUCAGCGGGCAGCCUGGGCCCAAGGGACAAAAAGGAGAACCCGGUGAUAUUAAAGAUGUUGUAGGACCAAGAGGGCCACCUGGACCCCAGGGACCUGUGGGGGAACAAGGACCAAGAGGCGACCGUGGGGAUAAAGGAGAAAAAGGUGCUCCUGGCCCUCGGGGUAGAGAUGGCGAACCUGGCACCCCUGGAAACCCCGGACCCCCAGGACCCCCAGGUCCUCCAGGGCCCCCUGGGCUUGGCGGAAACUUUGCUGCUCAGAUGGCAGGAGGGUUUGACGAGAAGGCCGGUGGCGCUCAGAUGGGUGUGAUGCAGGGACACAUGGGACCUAUGGGACCGCGAGGACCCCCCGGGCCAUCGGGAUCCCCUGGUCCUCAAGGAUUUCAAGGCAACCCUGGAGAGCCUGGAGAGCCCGGAGCGUCAGGUGCAAUGGGUCCCCGAGGGCCUCCUGGACCACCUGGGAAACCUGGGGAUGACGGCGAAUCUGGCAAACCUGGCAAAUCUGGUGAACGGGGAUCCCCUGGCCCUCAGGGUGCUCGAGGCUUCCCAGGAACCCCGGGGCUGCCAGGAGUCAAGGGGCACAGGGGCUACCCUGGCUUAGACGGGUCCAAAGGCGAAGCCGGAGCUGCAGGUGCUAAGGGCGAAGCUGGAUCCCCUGGUGAGAACGGCUCUCCCGGGCCCAUGGGGCCCCGCGGUCUCCCAGGUGAAAGAGGACGUCCGGGCUCAUCCGGGGCGGCUGGUGCCCGUGGCAACGACGGUCUCCCUGGCCCCGCCGGCCCCCCGGUAAGUGCUCUGCGUUCAGCGCAAACGUUUCUUUCCUCUGCAGCCUUCGCCCAGGAAGCAGGGUUUGCGGAAAGCUGCCCCGGCGUCCCCGGUGAAGCUGGCACCCCAGGACUCGUGGGUCCCAGGGGCGAACGUGGCUUCCCAGGUGAACGUGGCUCUGCGGGGUCUCAAGGUCUGCAGGGCCCUCGAGGGCUCCCCGGGACGCCUGGUACCGACGGACCCAAGGGUGCGACUGGUCCGGCCGGCCCCAACGGGGCCCAAGGUCCCCCCGGUCUGCAGGGGAUGGGGGGCGAGAGGGGAGCAGCUGGCAUCGGCGGACCCAAGGGAGACCGGGGCGACAUCGGUGAGAAAGGCCCGGAGGGAGCUCCCGGCAAGGACGGCGGAAGAGGUCUGACAGGUCCCAUUGGCCCCCCUGGCCCUGCUGGCCCCAACGGCGAGAAGGGCGAGUUGGGUCCCCCCGGCCCAUCUGGUGCUGCCGGCACCCGCGGCGCCCCGGUAAGUGUGAUGCCCGAAGGUGAGCGGGAGCGGAGGGGGGUCCAUCUGGAGAUCAAGGAGCUACCGGCCCUUCUGGCCCGUCUGGCCCCAGGCACCCGCCAGUCCUGCGCCCACCAGCGCGCCGCGCCGCUAACCUCUGCGCGUUCCACCACUGCAGGCGACUACUGGAUCGACCCCAACCAGGGCUGCACCCUGGACGCCAUGAAGGUUUUCUGUAACAUGGAGACGGGCGAAACGUGCGUCUAUCCCAACCCGUCCAGCGUGCCCAGGAAGAACUGGUGGACCAGCAAGACCAAGGACAAGAAGCACAUUUGGUUUGGAGAGACCAUCAAUGGCGGCUUCCACUUCAGCUAUGGAGAUGACAACCUCGCCCCUAAUACUGCCAACAUCCAGAUGACCUUCCUGCGCCUCCUGUCCACCGAAGGCUCCCAGAACAUAACCUACCACUGCAAGAACAGCAUCGCCUACAUGGACGAGGCGGCUGGCAACCUGAAGAAAGCCAUCCUGAUCCAGGGAGCCAACGACGUCGAGAUCAGGGCCUCCAGUUCAGCUAUGGAGAUGACAACCUCGCCCCUAAUACUGCCAACAUCCAGAUGA